AUGUACUUUAAUGUCUUGUUUAUAGCUCCUUCCAUCUGUGCGCUUCAAGAACACUUCGAUGAAAGAGAAAUCGAAUCUCAUGAGGCAGAUUUUUCCGUUUCUUCGGUCAGUUUGGCUGGAAGAGUUUUUCAUGUGUGUGAUAACAAUCUAAGUGGACCAAUUCCCAAAAAGCUUGGAGAUUGCUCAAAGCUAUUGUUCUUGAAUCUCAGCAAGAACAAGCUCACAGAGAGUAUUCCUGAGGAGCUAGGCAAUUUGGGCUCUCUUGAAAUUCUUGAUCUCAGUCAGAAUUCGUUAACAGCAGGUAUACCGCCACAACUCGGGAAGUUGCAAAGAAUGGAGAUAUGGAACCUCUCUCACAAUUUGCUGUCAGGUUCCAUUCCAACUACUUUUAAUUAUUUAUCGAGCCUCACUGUGGUGAAUAUAUCCUAUAAUGAGUUAGAGGGCCCAAUUCCCCACAAUAAAGCCUUUCAGCAGGCUCCAUUUGAAGCAUUCCAAAACAACAGACACCUGUGUGGCAAUAACACUGGACUAGAGGCAUGUAUCUCAGUUGCAAUCAACAAAAACAUCAGAAAAAAGGACAGUAAACCGGUUCGUGUUAUUGUCAUUCCCCUCGUUUGCAGUUUGUUGCUACUCGGUGUCUUGAUUGGGGGUUUCUUCGUUCUCUGCAAAAGAAUCAGAAACCGAAAAACUAACUCAGGGGAAGGGGAGAAAAAUGGUGAAGAUAUUUAUGCAAUGUGGGGUCGUGAUGAGGAUAUGAAAUAUGAAAACAUUGUUAAGGCCACAGAGGGUUUCGACUCCAAGUAUUGCAUUGGGGAAGGAGGAUAUGGAGUUGUCUACAAAGCUGUCCUGCCAACAGGUCGAGUGGUUGCUGUAAAGAAACUUCACCAGGCACAAAAUGGAGAUCUGACUGAUUUCAAAGCUUUUAAAAGUGAGAUUUGUGUGUUGAUGAACAUUCGUCAUCGAAACAUUGUGAAGUUGCAUGGUUUUUGUUCACACGCCAAACACUCAUUUUUGGUAUAUAAAUUCAUAGAAAGAGGAAGUUUAAGAAAUAUUUUAAGCAAUGAAGAACAAGCAGUGGAGUUGAAUUGGUUCAGGAGGUUAAAUGUUGUCAAGGGAAUUGCUAAUGCAUUGUCGUAUAUGCACCAUGACUGCUCUCCUUCAAUCAUACAUCGUGACAUUUCCAGUAACAAUGUUCUGUUGGAUUCAGAGUUUGAGGCUCAUGUCUCUGAUUUUGGAACAGCUAGGAUUUUGAUGCCUGACUCAUCACAUUGGACCUCAUUUGCAGGCACAUUCGGGUACUCGGCUCCAGAGCUGGCUUACACGAUGAUGGUGAAUGAAAAAUGCGAUGUUUACAGUUUUGGUGUGGUGACAAUUGAAAUUUUAAUGGGAAGACAUCCAGGUGAUUUCAUUUCAUCUCUUUCAUCAUCAUUUUCAAUCCCCUCAUCCUCGCCGAUGGAUGAAAAUACACCACUCGAGGAUGUGAUUGAUCAACGUCUCCCAACUCCUCGAAACAAAGCUGCUGAAGGGGUAGUUCAUGUUGCACGAAUAGCACAUGCAUGCUUGAGUGCCAAUCCUCAAUUUCGGCCAACCAUGAAACAAGUUUCUUCUCACCUAAUGGAUAAAUGGCAUCCAUUGACUAAGCCAUUCUCAGAAGUGAAAUUGGAAGAAAUUCUUUUUCGUCCAAUAAGUCAUCAAUAGAUAAGCCUUGGGGAAAAUGUUUGUGAUGUUGUGUGUUAAUCUCCAUGCUUCACACUCUUGAAGACUGCCCUUCAUUAUAUGCUGUGUGUAUUAAUUUUACUUUCAUUAAUACAUUUUUAG